AUGGCCGACAUUCUAGCAGCAUUUGACGAGUUGGACAAGAAGGACAAGGCCAGCAAACCCGUCAAGUCAACAAACAAGAAGUUUGUGAACCCGCUCAAGACAUCCGGCUCCCGGCGCGUAGGAAGAUCUCAAUCCCGAUCGUCAAACCCGGGUGGCAGAGCCCCGAGGUCCGUCGACCAGAUCGAUGCCCAGCCUUCAUCCCAGGCCGAACGCUCUCCCUCCAGCGUCUCGAACCGCCGGAUCUCGUUCGUCGCUCCCGACCUCCCCAACCGUGCACCGCGGCGCAUCCGCGUCCCCACGAAGAAGGACUCCCUCGCCUCAGGCUUCCAAUGGGAGCCCAUCCUCUCCGCGAAAUACGGCGUCUCCGAGAACGAGUGGGCGACGUUCGGCAAGCAGAUCAUCGACGCGGCGGAGCUACCCAAGCGGGCGAGAAUGAUGUGGUCGAUGGUCAAGCAGGACGUCGUGGCCAAGAUCAAGCGCGACCUGGACUUCGGCGGAGAGGUCAAGCAGCAAUUGAAGGAGUGGAGUCUGCACUUCCGGGCCAAGGGCUUCACGGUGAGCAUGGAGCUACCGGGGAAGGUGCGGUCGAAGGAGGACGAUACGCAGGAGGAGCGUGCGCUGGCCGAGAGCUAUGCCAAUCGCUUCAGGGUCGUCAUCUCGGAGAAUGCUGAGAGGAGCGCUAGCAUCUACUCCCGAUCCUCGAGCGUGUCGAGGAGUGUGUCUGGAGAAGGACUUGCUGCUGCGGGUAGCCCUCACACGACCGACGACGAUGACGAUGACGACGUCGACGACGAAGUGAAAGAUGUGAAGAGUUGA